AUGACAGAGCUAGAAAAGUCUUUAACCUAUAAAAUAAAAUAUAUUGUGGACAGAUAAUGGGCUCUUACAUAGUCCAUACCCUGAGGCUCUGCAGGAACUGGUAAGUGAAUGGCCAAUAUCACCAUGCGCAUGUUAUUUGUUAACAUCUGUAGACUGUCAGGAUGAGGAUGUCCUUUAUAUUGCUAAUUAUGUUGGUCCUUUUGGUUUCUUAUCUGUUUUUGUAGCUUUUUUCUAGGCUUUCAUAGGCUAUGAUAAUUGUAAUUAUUGUUCUGUAACAUUUUCAGGGUCAAUGUCACUUAUAGCAAAGCAUAACAUGUUAUAGCAGGCUCACUGGACCUUCGUCUGCUUUUCUGGGUUUAAACCCCCAACCGCUUAAGAUCAUGUGGUUCUCCUUGCUGGUGUUAGUGAGUCUGAUUCUCUUAUACAGAUGGUACAGGCAGAGUAAGAUAUUAGAAAAUCUCUCGGAUAAAUAUGUCUUCAUCACUGGAUGUGACACUGGAUUUGGAAACCUGCUGGCAAAGCAACUGGACAAACGUGGAAUGAAGGUUCUGGCAUCUUGUUUGACAGAGUUUGGGGCAGAGAACCUGAAGAAGGAGACAUCUAGUAGACUGCAAACCGUUGUUCUUGAUGUCACUGAUAGUCAGGGUGUGAGAUCUGCUGUUCACUGGAUAAGAGAACAUGUUAAAGGAGAAGGGUUAUGGGGACUUGUGAAUAAUGCUGGUAUUAGUAUACCUACAGCACCCAAUGGAUGGCUUCAUAAAGACGACUUUGUUAAAGUUCUCAACGUCAAUUUAAUCGGGAUGAUUGAUGUGACACUGGGUCUCCUUCCUCUUAUCUUGAGAGCAAGAGGGCGAAUUAUAAACAUGUCCAGUGUGUUGGGCAGAUUGGCUUUCGCGGGAGGAGGAUACAGCAUUUCCAGAUUUGGAGUAGAAGCAUUCUCAGACUCGAUGAGGCGUGAACUUCGAUCCUUUGGGGUAAGAGUUUCGGUUAUUGAGCCAACUUCAUAUAAAACACUGGCUACAGAUAUGGAGACCACACUACAAAGCCUCCAUUCUCUCUGGUCCCAGGCUCCUCAAUGGGCCAAGGAAACCUACGGACAGCAGUAUUUUGAACUCUACUGCAGAUUCAUCCAGUAUAGAUUAUCUAAGUGUAACCCUCACUUAACCCAGGUGACUGACUGCAUGGAGCAUGCCCUGACUGCUGUACACCCAUGGACACGAUAUUCUGCAGGGUGGAUUACCAAGCUCUUAUACCUCCCGGUAUCUUAUCUCCCAACUUUUAUGUCGGAUUACCUACUGGCUCAUCCUUUGUCAAUGCCAAAAUGUUCUGCAACUUCAAACAUUAGUCAUUGACUUGAUGAUUGUGAUAGAAUAUU